AGUCAUCAUCUCGAUGUAGAGCGCGUUCGUACGCCUAUAAAAGAUUGCAAGACUCGUCCUUCCUGGAGAACUGGAGAAACAAAAACUUGCAUAGUCUUUCCUAAUCUUAAGUUGAAUCCAACGGUACAGCUAAAUUUCGGUUCACUCCCUAGUAAAGAAACCAGGUGCAUUAAUGGACAUGAUCUCAUCAGCAAAAUGGGUAUCUGAUUUCGAAAUCGAAGAUCCUACUUUCAUCAAUCAAUACGAAAUGAGCUCCCGGGACUACUCACUUGAUGAGCUCAAUUUCCUAUCUUUCUCAUCUGAGAGCUACUCAUCCUAUCCAAAUUUCACCCCAAAAGCCGACAACUUCAGCAAAGCAUCCAUCGAAAAUCUUCAUCAGAUGUACGGGACUCAUGAAAGGCCAGCAAAACAGCCUAAGAACAACACUAAUAGUUGGAACUCUUGCUCCACUGACCACAUAAUUACUGCCAAUGCUUCUUCUUCCUCCUCUUCACACCUAAUUUCUUUUGAAAGCUCCAACUCAUCACCCCCAACCACUUCUCAGCAGUACUAUGGUCUAGAUUGCAGAGUUAUCAACCCAAAGAAUGAAGUGGAAUAUUCCAAUGGGAAAUUGAACCCUCGAGCUUUGAUUUCCCAAGGUAUCUAUGACCCCCAAACAUGCUCACCGAAACAUGGACAGGGGAUCAAGAGGGCGGCUACGGUGACUAAAAGUCCUUUAGAUGCUCAAGAUCAUGUUCUUGCUGAGAGAAAGCGCCGAGAAAAUCUCAGCCAGCGGUUCAUUGCUCUAUCUGCCUUACUUCCAGGCCUGAAGAAGACGGACAAGGCUUCGGUCCUCGGAGAUGCGAUCAAGUACGUGAAACAUCUUCAAGAACUUACGAAAAUGCUGGAGAAACAAGCAGCCAAGAAAACUGUGGAAGCGGUGGUGUUUGUGAAGAGGACUCAGUACUCAGCGGAUGAUGAUAUAUCCUCAUCCGAUGAGAACUCCGAGAGCUGCUCUAACCAGCCACUACCAGAAAUCGAAGCAAGAGUUUCGGACAAGGAGGUCCUCAUACGAAUCCACAGCGAGAAAACUAAAGGAUCUUUGGCAAGCAUACUGAGUGAAAUAGAAAAGCUUGAUCUCACCAUUGUUCACAGCUGUGCCUUGCCCCUUGGCAAUUCAACUCUAGAUAUCACUGUAGUUGCUCAGAUGGAUGUAGAAUUCAGAAUGACAGUGAAAGAUCUUGUAAAAAAUCUAAGACAGGCUUUGCUCAAGUUGGUGGGACCAGAAAUAUGAAGUUCUGAAGUUCGCUUUGUGCCCUAGAGUUGGAGAUAGAUAGGAAUAAAUCUGACAGUUUCUUACGCAUGUAUUUUUUUUCCCUUUUUUCCCUUUUUGGUGGUUUUUUUCUGGCUUUUAAGACCUUUGGAGGAAACAACAGCCAUUGUACUCAUGCUGCUAGCAAGGCUUUAUUUUGCAGGAGGGUUUUUUCCUUUGUGAGUUUUGCGUGGUUGACCGGUUAACCGCGUUCGAUUACCCUCGUGCUAUAUAUGAAAACCUAGCUGCAGGUUUUGUUUUUAUUUUUUGUGGAGGGCUUUUGUGUAAACUUCCUUCGUAAUCUAUUGUCACUUAAUGGUUAAUUGUUGUUGUUUUAUU